AUGCCACUCAAGGGGCACACCUACGAUGUGGCGACCACAGUUGAGGCACUCAACGCGAGCUUCUCGUUCGACCCCAGCUGCCAUAUUGAACGCGUCCUGCCAGGUGCCUCACGGGAGCUGGUGAAGCAGGUAUUGUGGGCGACGUCGCGCGUAUCGGCAGUGAACGGCAGGCCUGUCGCGGACAGCCCUGACCUGAAGGCAGCGCUGCUGAGUGUGGUCAUGCGGCACCACAACCCGCCAUCGGUCACGCGAGAGGAGACGACGGUGCCCAACUCUGUGGCGCUCUUUCCAAGGACCCCAAUCACCGUCACCUUUGAGCGCACCGAUGAGCAUGCAUCCAAGGUGACGAUCGAAGGCAGUGUUCUCAGCGACGGGGCGGUGAGCAAGGUGGAGUCUCCGAGCUCCGCUGCCGUACAGGAGCUGAUCAGCGAAAUAGCGCCCCCGUCCAUCGAGGAACCGCCGCCAGCGCUGCCGUCGAUCGAUGCGGAUUUGCGCGGGUCUUUCCGGCGCACCAUGAUUGGCCACCCAGGAGUAGCGGCGGCGCUGCUCAAGGAGUCUGUCAGCGCUGCUUCACCGAACGUGACCAUGACAGCGAGUCGCCGCUCUACAUUAACACCAGCGACUAGUGGCUCCCCGCAGCCGGCAACGCGGCUAACAUCCUCCCCGCUAGCGCCAGAGGCGCUACGGCCCAGCCACAGAAAGAGCAGCAGCUCCUCAUCGGACUUGGAUGGCAGCGAGGCCGCCUCGGAGGCCUCCUCAAGCGACUUCGACACGGUGCGCAUUUGCCAGCUGAAGGGCACAUCUCCUUCUGACGGGUACAUGACUGCUGCCGCUGCCGCGGCUGCUGCAGCUCAGGCAGGGGCUGAGUCUCCCACACCGGGGCUGCUUGAGUUUGAGAAGAUGAAGCUCUCGAUGCGCGGGGACGAAAUACUGCGGCAUGUGGGGUCCGGCGUGGGCACCUACGGACACAGUCCCGCCGACGUAGCGGAAAUGACGGUGAAGGGCCGCAUCAGGCGCGCACUGGAUUGCGUAGAGAUGGGCUAUUGCGUCAUUUGCGUCACGCAGGAGGUGAAUCCGAUUGCCGAGAUCGAGCUGCUCGCGUUGACUGCGAAGAAGCGCGUCGUCGCCUUCGACUUGAGUGUGAAGCUACGCCUCCGGCCAAAGCCGGAGGUGCUUGCGGCCCAGUUCGCAGAGGCCAUGCGUAGCGGUGCGUGGUUUGUAAUGGUCAACGCGCACAAGUCUAUCAGCACCUGCCUCGUCUUCGAGGCGCUGCUGGAGGACGCCCACAUGCACAAUCUGGAGGGCUUUGACCCCUCUGCGCGGAUUAUCAUAGCCUUGGAGUCACACCCGCACUUUCCCAAGGCGCUCGUGCAUCACGCCGUGGUCAUCAAGCUCGUGUCCAACUUUCAGGGCUCGUCCUUCCUGUCCGACUCCAUGGCUGCAUCGAUCUCGCGUGCGCGUCUUGUCACGGCGGACGUGCUCACCCAGUCACAGAUCGGGGGCCCGUCAGCGCGCAGCUUGCAAGCCUCCGUCACGCCGAGGGCCACGGUGCAGAAGCCCACCAAGAAGCAAGUGCGUAUCAGUGCCGCCGUGGAGAUCGUCGACAUCGCACCCCGCGAGGUAGUCAAGGUGCCAAAGCGUGACUGCCCAAUCGACGUCAGCGGCAGCGUCGCACUCUUCAAGACCUUCAGCGGUGUGAGCGGCGACAAGUUCCUCUGCGUGCAGUCAGCCGGCGAGGAGGGUCGCUUCGCUGUCGGCUCCUCGUGCGGUAACGUCUACUUCCUCGACUCGCUGGGCAACUCGCUCCUCCAGGCACACGCGCACAACGCCUCUAUCUGGGAUGUCAGCUUCAACGACAAAUUCCAUUUUGCCACUGGCUGCGAGGACGGCACGUCUGCCGCCUGGAGGCUAGGGGCAUCGCUCGACGGCGCCUUGACUGAUGACGCGGUGCUUGUGCCAACGGCGGCGACAUCGCUCGGCUCCGACGUGUACUGCGUCUGCUACCUCAAGAACAUGAAUCCCUCCCCACUGCUCAUCGGUGGCUUGCACAACAGUCUAGUCAUCCGCGAGGCGGAGAGCGAUACGGUGCAUCUCGUGCCCAUCCCCUCAAACGCGCAGGUGGUGGACUGCUUGCCAAACUCGGCCACGGCCCUGGUCGGCGGAGGCGAUGGCUCCGUAUGCGUAGUGGACGUGGCGAUGGCCAAGCCGCUCGGCACUCUGGUAGACCACACUCGCAAGCUGCCCGCCCUCGCCGUCCUUGAUGAUAAUCAAUUCUUUACCGGCUCCUUCGAUAGUAGCAUCCUCUCAUGGGAUUUGCGAGUACCGGGCGGCGUAACGUCCUCUGUGCAGGGCGGCGCAGCGGCGACGGAGCUGGCGGCGCACACAAUGCACACCUUGAAGCUGAAAAACUACGUUACCGGGCUGGACGUUGACGACGUGCACCUGGGUGCCAGCGUCGGCGAGAAUCUGUACUUGUGGGACGUCCGAAAGCUGCACACCGUGCUGGGCGGCUACCCACAAGGCUGGAAGGGUCUCUCGCGCGGUGUCAAGGUGCAGAGCGUGUCACGUCUUGUGGUUACGGCGUCGCCGGACGGGUUCGUGCGCUUCUGGAGCUUCGUCUAG